CGUCCAGCAGCUGAUCGGUAAUCCAGACGAAGUUUCCCCUCAGUUAGGGGGGAGCUCCACUUUGAAGCAAGAGACUCCACAACCACCCUGCAUUAAAAAGGAAGAGGAGGAACUCUGCAUCACUCAGGAGGGAGAGUGUCUUCUAGGACGAGAGGAAGCUGAUUACACCAAGUUUCCACUGAGUAUUCUCUCUGUGAAGACUGAAGAUGAUGAAGAGAAACCACAAGUGGACAACCUCUUAGCUCCACUAUCAGAUAGUGAGGCUGAAGACGAGGUUGAAGAACCUUUGAGCAGCGAUACAGACUGUGAAGAUGAUAUGAGGACUCACACUGACAACAAACACUCUGAAUGCUCUUCAAAGAAGAGAGGUAAAACAUGUUUGAGCUGCUCAGUUUGUGCUGAAAGUUUUACUAAAAAGAGCCAUUUGGCUCAACACAUGAGAACACAUACAGGUGAAAAACCAUUUAAUUGUUCAGUUUGUGGCAAAAGCUUUCUUGUUAAGAGGAAUUUGACUCAACACAUGAGAACACACACAGGUGAAAAACCAUUUAAUUGUUCAGUUUGUGGUAAAAGUUUUUCUCGAAAUAGCAUGUUGACUCAACACAUGAGAAUACACACAGGUGAAAAACCAUUUAAUUGUUCAGUUUGUUGCAAAAGCUUUUCUCGAAAUUGCCGUUUGACUGAACACAUGAGAACACACACAGGUGAAAGACCGUUUAGUUGUUCAGUUUGUUGCAAAAGCUUUUAUCAAAAUAGCAUUUUGACUCUACACAUGAGAACACACACAGGUGAAAAAACAAUGAAUUGUUCUGUUUGUGGCAAAAUCUUUUCCCGAAAUUGCCAUUUGACUCAACACAUGAGAACACACACAGGUGAAAAACCAUUUCAUUGUUCUGUAUGUGGCAAAAUCUUUUCUCAAAAUUGCCAUUUGACUCAACACAUGAGAACACACACAGGUGAAAAACCAUUUAGUUGUUCAGUUUGUGGUAACAGCUUUUCUCAAAAUAGCAUUUUGACUCAACACAUGAGAACGCACACAGGUGGAAAAAGAUUCAAUUGUUCAAUUUGUGGCAAAAGCUUUUCUCGAAAUUUCCGUUUGACUCAACACAUGAGAACACACACAGGUGAAAAAACAUUUAAUUGUUCUGUAUGUGGCAAAAUCUUUUCUCAAAAUAGCCAUUUGACUGAACACAUGAGAACACACACAGGUGAAAAACCAUUUAAGUGUUCCGUUUGUGGCAAAGGCUUUUCUCGAAAUUUCCGUUUGACUCAACACAUGAGAACACACACAGGUGAAAAACCAUAUAGUUGUUCAGUUUGUAGCAGAAGCUUUUCUAAUAAGAACAAAUUGACCCAACACAUGAGGACACACACUGGACUAAGACCAGUUAAUUGUUCAGUUUGUGGUAAAAGCUUUCCUCAUAACGGCUCUUUGUGGCGACACAUGAGAACACACACUGGAGAAAAAACAUUUAGUUGUUCAGUGUGCUGUAAAAGGUUCCCACAUAAUGCAGCCGCAAUAAAACACACAAGAACACACAAGGGAAAAUAACCAAUUACCGUAUUUUUCGGACUAUAAGUCGCAGUUUUUUUCAUAGUUUGGCCGGCUCCAGUGCGACUUAUACUGUAUAUGCUUUUUUCGUUCUUUAUUAUGUAUUUUCGGCAGGUGCGACUUAUACUCCGGUGCGACUUAUACUCGGAAAAAUACGGUAGCUGUUUAGUUUGUGGUAUGUUGCUCAUAUGUGGUGACAUCCACCCUACCCAGGACCUCCUCACUGCUUCUUUCACAAAUAUCUGAGGUAUUCAUACAAACUUGGUGUAAGUGUCGUUGAAACUUACACUUAAUAUUUUUGUUUUAAGGGUUAAUAUUUUCUGUUGAAAAUGAUUAUGGUUGUGAAUUCAUGUUACAUUUUUUGUAAAUAAGACAUAUUUUGUUUACUAUAAAAAGGGCAAUUUAUUUCCUUUGUUACACCGCUAUUCUCGCGAGGUUUUGGUUUACUAUUGGAAGUUGCGAGACCUGCAUUCGCCCAGACAUGCAAAGGACUUUGAGCGAGCCAUAAGCAGCAGCAAGAACAUUUAGCUGGCUGAAUAAGGUAUUUGUCAUAUUGUGUCGAAUUGUUCUGUAUAUUUAUAAAGUACAUUGGUUUAAUUAUUGUACGCUCAUUUAGUAUGCACAAGACUGAAAUAUUUGCUGCCCAAGAACCUCCGAAGUGGCAGGCGGCCACGAGGUAGCUAUUUUGUUUAGCACUUUAUUUGCCUGUGACUGAUUUAUGUCUAAAACAUUGUAUUUCAUGUCUUGUCCUGUAGUUUUCACGGCAUAAACCCAAGUAAAGAGCCCGUCUUUAAGAAGCCGUGCCUGUGUUGUCAUUUCGGAGCCACACUUGGAUUAUUUGAAUCAUAAUCUUAUCUACUCAUGACCCCAUGUCUUCUCUGUAUCUGAAAGCUUCCUGAACAGUAAGAUAGAUGAUGCUUCAAGUGCUUGGUUACUCCUUCUUCAGUCCAGGGACCUGGGGCCUCAUGUGUCAACUUUGUGCACACUCAAAAACCUGCAUACACCCUUUUUCACCGCAAAGUUGAGAUGUAUCAAAACUGACGUUGAUGCAUAAGUGAUGCUGGGUAACUGUUUGCAUAACAAACUGCUAACUUUUACUCCUCAGACUGAUUAAAGUGUAAAUCUGAGACAUAUGAACAGUUAACCACUGGAUGUCGCAAUAGCAAUUCUGUUAGGCAAGCAAAUAGUUUAUACAGGGCGAGCAAGUAUACCAAGCAAGAGGUACACAGUAAAGCGGGGCUGUGACUCCUCCCCCUCCACCCAACGUAAAACAGGAGUAAAAUAACCAAUCAGUAACCCCACUUAAAAUGCAGCUUUAUUCAUGCUUUAUUUUGUUUUUGUUCAAUCCUAGAUGGGUUGUGACUUAAAGUUUAAUUGCUUUGUAGAAACACUGAGAUUAAGUCUAAAUUCAUUGUGUUCUUCAAGGUGUUUUUGAAAAUGCACCAUUUUUUAUCCUCAGAAUUUUCAACUAACUUGAAGUGUUUUGUCAAGAGGAUUAUUUGUGAUAUGUACAUUUUCAGAAUGUGCUUGUUCUAUU